AUGGAAGAGAAAAGGAUAAUGCAUUAUCAUAGCUCUCACAAAAUUUUACUUGUAGGAGAGGGAGAUUUCUCCUUCUCACUCUCCUUGGCAAGAGCAUUUGGCUCAGCUGUUAAAAUGGUUGCUACCUCUCUAGAUUCUAGAGAGACUCUUGUUCUGAAGUAUAGAAGUGCAUCAAGUAACCUGAUUGAACUUGAGAGUCUUGGCUGCACCAUCUUCCACAAUGUAGAUGCUUACAAUAUGACUCAACACCAUUAUCUCAAGAACGAAUGUUUUGAUCGAAUUAUCUUUAACUUUCCUCACGCUGGUUUUGUUUAUCGUGAAUCCAAUGUAUUCCAGAUUCUGUUGCACAGAAGACUAGUGAGUGGAUUUCUAAAAAGUGCUAAAUACAUGCUUACGUUAUUAGGAGAAAUUCAUGUUUCACACAAGACAUCGCAUCCAUUUUGUAUAUGGGACGUCAAGGGUCUAGCAAAAAAUGAAGGAUUGAUGUUUAUUGAAGAGGUUGAUUUUCAACAAUCAUAUUAUCCAGGUUAUAGAAACAAGAGAGGUUCUGGCUUGCAAUGUGAUCAGAGUUUCCCUAUUAGAAAGAGUAGUACUUUCAAAUUUUCUUAUAUGAUGUAUGGAGAAGAGGAAAUAGUUGGGCUUUGA